AUGUUGAUCAAGACACUUCCGUCCCUAAACCUCAUGGGGGUUUGCCUUGCACCCCUAGCACUCGCCUACCCGUCAGCUGAGGGAAGCUCUGACUCUAACCUGCUCUUUAAGCGAGCGGGCACCACCGCACAAUUAGGCGACUAUACUGGCAGCACGAGCUCCUACCCCGACGGCUCCGGAACAUAUGUAGACUCGAAAGACCAAGGUACCUACGCCAGCGGAGUCAAAUGCUGGACCGACAUCUUCUACGUCACCAACGAAUACCAAGCCCAAGCCUGGACACCCAUGAAAGAAAACACAAUCGACUGCGCCCGCACCAGCACAUGCGCCUCCAACUCCCAGGACGCCGUCCAAAAUUGCGGCUCAUGGAGCAUCACCUGGGGCAACGAAAUCGAAGUCGAUAUUAUCGAAAAAAUCGGCCUCGAACUCCAAGAAAAUAUCGACAAUACCUGGCUCAAGAGCAAGUGCGUCACCGCUACUGUGCUUAAUACUUGCACUUGGGAUGACAAGUUGUGCCAUGCGCUUUGGACUAGUAGUGUUGGGCAAGUUUUUGAUGGCUACAUUCGCAGGAGGUGUAGCGGGGGGCGGAGUGGGAUCACGAGUCAGCCGGAUUAUACGGCGUGGAGUAAGGAUUAUAGCUGGACGCAGCCGAGUCCGCAGACGAGGCUAGGGUGUGGGGCGUUGUGUGAUGAGACUACUUAUCCGGAACCGGUUCCCUCUGUAGGGUCGACAUAG